ACCAAACACUCAACUUUUAUCAAGUAGACGACUUCAGCGUCAGUUUCAGGUGGAUUUUCUGUGGAAAAAAAACUCGAAAAUGGAAAACUUAUUUGAUUUCGAAGGCUCUUUGGACUACAGAGCGUUCGGCACUUCAGCUGAUCCAAAAGAAGAACUCAUCGCAAGUUUGACAUCUUUCAUAAAACUCUACAGUCAACAUAGAAAUCGCCUUCAGACCACUUCAGAGAGCUUCACAGCUGCUCAACUUCAUGAAAUGCCCGUUUCUGGGAGUCUGGCGUUCCACAGUAUGUGCUCUUUCUUCGGAGGAGUUGUUGGUGCAACUGGUGGAGGCCUUUCUGGUGGAGUAUUCGGGGUAUUUGGGGCGAUUGGUGCAGUAACUUUCAGCAGGUUCUGUGAUUAUGAUAUUAAGGCGAUCGGUGCAACUGUCGGCAUUGUCGGCAGUGUAUUAGGUGGUGUGGCUGGGGGAGCGCUCGGCGGCGCUGUCGGUGGUGCAGUCGGAGCUGCAGUUGAAGCAACAGGUAGCCGAGUUGAUGCCGUCAUCAGCGAUGUAGCAUCGUUCGCCAUCGGCUUCGCAGCUGGUAGUGCAAUCGGUGGUAUUUUUGGAGGGGCAGUUGGAGCAGCAGGCGGUGCGUUUGGUGGUGCUUUUGGUGCCUUGUGCGCUACGAAGGUCGUUGUGAACAUAGUGGGAGAAAUGGUGCGUGCAGCCAAAGAUUCAGACUGUAAAAAAAAUACUGUGAACGUGAUGCAGAAAACUGGAGAUUUCAGUGAAACCAUCAAACUGCUGGUGGCAGAGCUGAAGACAAUCAAAGCUCGUUGUGACAAAAUGGCCUCCAGUGACGUUGUGCGCAGUGUCGCUGGGCAAACGGCGAAGAUGCUGGCUUCUGUCGCCAUGAUGGAGGAAACUCUCAGGGUCUCUCAGAGCGACACAGAUCGGCCACAGUUUGUUUCCAGUGUUGAAGAAGCGGCGAGACUAAGCAAGAACAUCACAGAGGAACUGGAGACGACGAGAACAGAAGUGGAAAAACUUCUGGUUUUAUUGAGGAAACCCUGAAACAACAUCAGUAAACCAAGAACUGGACUCAGAAUAUCUUUUUAAAACUUAAUAACUCAUUAAAAACAAGUCUUCUAAGGUAACUUGGGUAAAUUAAGUUAAUUGUACUAAUUCCUUUCAAUUACCGUAAAACUUCUAAUAAAAGCAGCGUCCCUAAUAGAAGCAGGUCUCCUUUAAAAGCCCGGUGUGGCUCCACGUUUUGACAAAUAAACAAAUAAUAAAUAAAUUCAAUAGAGAAGCAGCACAGUUAGAGUAUUUCCAUCUUUAAGAGUUUUGUGCUAAAGGACUUAAACGCCUGUCUCCAAUAAAGGCCGGGGGAGUUCAGUGAUUCAAGCAAUUAAACGCCCAGGCUAUUAUUAGAAGUUUUACGGUAAUUUAACUUAAAACCAGUAAGUAUGUUACACUCACAUACAGCAUUUCUCCAAAUGUGUUUAAAAUGUGUAAACAAAAUCUGAAUAAAGUAAUUUAAAUGAUUUUUCUUUAUACAAACAUUACAACUUACGCUGAAUUUACUUUGGUUUUCUUCCACUAAAGCAAAUUAUUAUAUUUCCUGUCAAAACAGCUGAUGUAUGAUUAAAAACAACUCACAAUUAAUUUCUCCAGAAUGAAUUUCAGUUUAAUCUAAUCGUUACUGCUGUAAUUAAAUUGGUGUUUUUAUAUGACUAACAUCAAAUCUUUUUUGGGGAUCAUUAAGAAUUA